AUGUCAUUUCCGUGGAAAUCAAUAGAAUUUAUAUUUAUUUGUUUUGGUAUUAUUUUAAUCAUAUUAUUAACAAUUGGUGGUAAUCUUGUUGUUUUAUUUGCUUUUUGCAAUGAUUCACAUUUACUAACACCAUCAAAUAAUUUUCUUUUAUCUAUGGCUAUUGCUGAUCUUCUAGUUGGUCUUAUUUGUAUGCCAUUCUAUUCAUAUGCUCAAAUGCAAAAUUCUUGGCCAUUUGGAAAACUUUUUUGUAAUAUAUGGAUUACUAUUGAUGAUGUUGUAACAAUGGCAAGUGUUUUAUCAAUUGUUGCUAUAACUAUAGAACGUUAUUGGAGUAUAAAUCAUAGUGUACAUUAUCGUCGUCAUACAACAAAAACUCGUAUACGAAUAUUUUCUAUACUUAUUUGGCUCAUUCCAUUUCUUAAUUUUGCACCGGGAAUAUGGUUUCUUGAAUUAAAUCAAGAUACUCAAUUAUUAAAUCAAUUUGAUAUUAAUAUAACAACAAAACAAAAAUUUGAAUGUAUUGGUGCCUAUCAUUCACAUACAUUAUAUUUAAUUAUUGCUCAAAUUAAUUUUUUUGCUUGGCCAUUGGUAGUUAUUAUUGUACUUAAUGCUUUGAUUGUUAUCAAUCUUUAUAAGCGAUCACAUCGUUUUCCUGUUUUUGCUAGUUUUCGAGUACCACAAUAUAAACAACAACUGCAACAACGGACAAGUAUAUUACGAGAAGACUAUCAUGAGAAAACUGUAGAUAAAGAAGAAGAAGAACAACAACAUGUACAACAGAUUGACAAUGACGUACAAAUAAUGACAGCUGUUAACGAAUCCAACUGCUAUUUAUCGAAUAAAAUAGAUUCAGAGCAUAAUAAUAAUCUUCAUUCAGAAAAAACAUCACCAGAUAAUAAAGAUAUUGUUGAGAUACCAAUUGAUGAUCAUACAGUUGAACUUGAACCAAUUCCAUUACCAUCAUUUGUUGAAUUUGAUUCAAGACAAUCAACAAAUAUAUAUUCACGUUUUAAACAUGUAUUUAUACCACCUACAAGUCAAUUGGAACCAUUACCAAUUGAACAUCGUUCAUCAAAAUCAACACAAACAUUUCCUAGACCAUCCGUAAGAAAAAAAUCUAAACAACAUUCAAUAUUUGUAUGGCGUCAUCAUUCUGUUCUUACAUCACCGUCAGAUUUAGAAUUACGUUCAACAGCAAAUACUGGUACAGGUGAACAACGUAUUGUUCGACGUUUGAGACGCGAUAAACGUGCAGCUACAUCACUUUUUACUUUAGUACUUGUAUUUAUGUUUUUUUUAUUACCUUAUGUUGUUGUUGUUGUCGUUGGACGAAUAUUUUCAUUAGAAGUUUUAACCGAUACUAAUGGACAAGUAUAUUCAGCUGCUUUUUGGCUUUUAUGGCUUAAUUCAACAGUUAAUCCUAUUCUUUAUCCAUUUAUUCAACCACGAUUUCGUGAAGCAUAUAGAAGACUUUUUGUAAGAUUUACAAGACGACGACGACGAUUAGUUUUACUUAUCAAUGAAAUACAUAGAACUAAAUGA